AUGAUUGGUUUCCGCCCCCACCUCUCCACACAAGACGUCCUCUUGCAACUCCACCACGACCUUCUCGAUCCGCCCACCUUCUCGGACACUAAGGCUCUCCUUAGCCUCGACCUUCACAAGGCGUUCGACAACGUCUCCCAUUUGGCUAUUCUUACCGAACUCGCCACCAUCAACCCUGGCUCUCGCACCUACCACUACAUUCGCUCCUUCCUCACGGCCCGCACGGCCGAAAUCAUCGUGGGAGAUCUCUCGUCUCCCACGUAUGCACUUGGAUCUCGUGGUACCCCUCAGGGCGCCGUCUUGUCACCUUUUCUUUUUAAUCUCGCCCUUCGCUCACUUCCCGACAAGCUCGACCGUAUCCCCGAUCUCAAACACACCCUGUACGCGGACGACGUAACUCUUUGGGUCACGUCUGGCUCCGACGGGCACAUUGAGCAGACGUUGCAACGCGCAACUGACGUCGUCACGAGUCACGUGCACGCGGCCGGUCUCGCUUGCUCGGCGGCCAAAUCGGCCCUCCUCCUCAUGCGGCCCCCCGACCGGCGUCGCCACAAGACGCCUCACCCCACCAUCACGAUUCACGCCAAUUCUACUCCCGUUCCCGUCGUCUCGCAUCUCCGGGUGCUCGGGCUGAUAGUACAGUCAAACCGCCAUAAUGCUCACACCAUCGACCAGCUCUCGCUUUCGGUUCAGCAAACCGCGCGCAUGCUCGCUCGUGUCCGAGCGCGGCGCAUCGGCAUGCGCGAACACGAUCUCCUUCGCCUAGUAGACGCUUUCGUCGUUUCCCGUCUCACGUACGGCCUUCCUUAUACGCGUCUUCUCAAAUCGGAACGCGACAAGGUCGACGUCCUCAUCCGCCGUGCAUACAAGACUGCUCUCGGCCUUCCCCCCAACGCGUCCACCGCGCGUCUCCUCCGCCUGGGAGUCCACAACACGCUCGACGAACUGAUCGAAGCUCACCGCACCGCUCAGGUGCAACGCCUUCAUCGUUCGCCGACCGGUCGCUACAUCCUCUCUUCCAUCGGUCAUGACACGUCUUCUCACCCACCAGACCUGGUCUCACUACCGCAUGCUCUUCGGGCAGCCUUUUCCAUCAAGCCGCUACCCAAGAAUAUGCUCGCGGGACACCACGACGCCCGUCGCCAAGCCCGUGCGGCCAUGCUUCACGCCAAGUACGCCGACCACCCGGCCAUCGCCUACGUGGAUGCGGCCCGAUACGCCUCGCCCGGGGACGCCUUCGCAGUCGUCUCCGUCUCCCCCUCCUCGGCACCCUUGGGACCGAUAAUCACGGCCGCCACCGUUCGAACGCCCUACGUCGUCGAGGCUGAGGAGGCGGCCAUCGCUUUAGCCGCCACCUCGACCGACGCCAGCGUCAUACUCUCCGACUCCAAGUACGCCAUCUCCAAUUUCGCCCGAGGUCUCGUCUCGCCUACCACCUUACGGCUCCUUCGCCCACUUCUACUGGAGGACGAACCGUGUCACAUUGAACUGGUCUGGGUUCCCGCCCACUCGGGUCACCCCGGCAACGAGUCGGCUCACCAACACGCUCGAGGAUUCGUCGACCGAGCGGUGGGCCCCUCCGCGUCGGACGCCCCGGUGCCGGAGCCCCUGGUCACCUACCACGACAUUACCCAGCACUAUCGCCUCGAACGGUACGCCUACCCACCCCCACAUGGCAGUCUUCCCAAGCGGUCCGAGAUCGCCUGGCGUCGCCUCCAGACCCGCACCUUUCCGUGCCCGCUAGUGUAUUCGCACAUCCACCCUGGUGUCAUUGAUCCACGCUGCUGCCUGUGCGGCGACGUUGCCUCCUUAAACCACAUCCUCUGGGGCUGCCCGGAAGACCCCCCGCCCACCGACCUCGUCUCGCCACCCCCCACCGACGAACAAUGGGAGGACGAGGUGAAGAAGAUCAUUCGUGGCCAUUUUGACAGCUGCCGUGAACUGGCUUAA